UCAUAGAUUUAAAUGUAAGACAUAAAGCUAGAAAAUGUGUAGAAGAAAAUCUCUGGGGACUAGUGACAGAGUCAAGAGUCCUUAUAUAUCAGUGAAGCGUUCUUAUAUAUGAACUUUGUGGAUAAGAGAAGAAAAAUUGACAUUUUAGGCUGUGUCAAAAUCAAAACUUUAUGCUCUACAAAAGUUUCUGAGAGGAGAAUAAAAAGACAACCUACAGACUAGGAAAAAGUGCCACCCACAUAUCUUGCAAAGGACUUGAAUCUAGAAUAGAUAAAGAAUUCUCAAAAUUGCACAAGAAAUAAAAACUUAUGAAAACAAAAAUCUAAUUGUAAAAUGGGCAAAAGACAUGAACAGAUAUUUUAUUAAAGAGGAGAUGGAUAUGGUGAAUAAACACACAAAAAGAUGUUCAACUUUAUUAGCCGUCAGGAAAUGCAAGUUAAAGCCAUAAUGAGAUGCUACUGUCCACCUAUCAGUAUAGCUAAAACGAAAACUGUUGAUGGUAGCAAAUGUUGUCGAGGACGCAGAGACAUGGAAUCACUGAUGCACUGCUGUUAGAAAUAAAAAGUGGUACAGUCACUCUGGGAAACAGUUUGGCAGUGUCUUAUACUAAAAACACUUUGAUAUGCACUUACCAUACAAUCGAGCAAUUGCAUUCCUAGGCAUUCAUCCCAGAGAAAUACAACUUAUGUCAUGGAGCAAGACCCUGUCUCAAAAAACAGACAGACAAACUUGUGUCCACCCAAAAACCUGUACGUGGUUUUUCAUAACAACUUUGUUUGUAAUAGUCAAAAACUGGGAUCAAUCCAAAUAUCCUUUGGCAAUGAAUGGUUAAACAAACUGUCAUCUAUCUGUAUCAUGAAGUACUUCUCAGCAAUAUAAAGGAAUGAACUACGGAUACACAUAGCAACUUAGAUGGAUCUCAGGGAAAUUACAGUGAGUGAAAAAAGCCAAUCUCAAAAGGUUACACGUGCAUGAUUCCACUUAUAUAACAUUCACACAAUGACAACCUUAUAGAGGUGGAAAGCAGAUUAACACUUGCCAGGAUUUAAAGAUGGGACAGAAGAAGGAAGGGAAAUGGGUGUGACUAUAAAGAGGUGACACCGAGGACUUUGUAGGUGACAUAAUAGCUGGGUAUUUUAAUUGUUGUAGUGGUUACAUAAAUCUAUAUAUAGUAUAAAAUUGCAUCUCUCUAAUGACCAGUGAUGAUGAGCUUUUUUUCAUGUGUUUGUUGGCUGCAUAAAUGUCUUCUUUUGAGAAGUGUCUGUUCAUAUCCUUUGCCCACUUUUUGAUGGGGUAUUGCCACAAUAUUCACAAUAGCAAAGACUUGGAAGCAACCCAAAUACUCAUUAAUGAUAGACUGGAUAAAGAAAAUAUGGCACAUAUACACCUUGGAAUACCAUACAGCCAUGAAAAAGAAUGAGUUUAUUCUUUCCACCAUUUUUCCACACCACUGCAAUGGUGCAUAUGAAUGUCUUGGCUGAUGCUCUCAAGAGCAUCAACAAUGCCAGAAAGAGAGGCAAACGCCAGGUGCUUAUUAGGCUGUGCUCCAAAGUCAUCAUCCGGUUUCUCACUGUGAUGAUGAAGCAUGGUUACAUUGACAAAUUUGAAAUCAUCGAUGAUCACAGAGCUGGGAAAAUUGUGAACCUCCCAGGCAGGCUAAACAAGUGUGGAGUGAUCAGCCCCAGAUUUGAUGUGCAACUCAAAGAUCUGAAAAAAUGGCAGAAUAAUCUGCUUCCAUCCUGCCAGUUUGGUUUCAUUGUACUGACAACCUCAGCUGGCAUCAUGGACCAUGAAGAAGCAAAAUGAAAACGCAUGGGAGAGAAAAUCCUGGGAUUCUUUUUCUAGUGAUGUAAUACAUGUAUUUACAAACAAAAUGCCUCAUGGAAAAAAAAAAAAGAAUGAGUUCAUGUCCCCUGCAGGGACAUGGAUGAAGCUAGAAACCAUCAUUCUCAGCAAACUAACGCAAGAACAGAAAACCAAACACCACAUGAUCUCACUCAUAAGUGGGAGUUGUCUAUAAGAACACAUGGACACAGGGAGGGAACAUCACACACCGGGGCCUGUCGGGGGUUGAGGGGCUAGGAGAGGGUUAGCAUUAGGAGAAAUACCUAAUGUAGAUGACGGGUUGAUGAGUGCGGCAAACCACCAUGGCACGUGUAUACCUAAGUAACAAACUUGCAUGUUCUGCACAUGUAUCCCAGAACUUAAAAUAUAUUUUUUUUUAAUCUCGUGAAACUACACAUAGAGACAAACACAUACACAGAGGUAAACACUAUGAAUUCUGAACAAAGCCUGUAAUGUAGUUAAAAGUACUGUGCAGAUGUCAGUUUUCUGCUCUUGAUACUGUACAUUUACAUAAAAUGUAGCCAGAUGGGCAGUGGCUCAUGCCUGUAAUCACAGCACUUUGAGAGGUUGAGGCAGCUGGAUCAUUUGAGGUCAGGAGUUCAAGACCAGCCUGGCCAAUGUGGCAAAACCCUUUCGCUACUGAAAGUACAAAAAUUAGCCAGGUGGGGUGGUACAUGCCUGUAAUCCCAACUAUUCAGGAGGCGGAGUCAUGAGAAUCACUUAAACCAGGGAGGUGGAGUUUGCAAUAACCUGAGAUCAGCGCCAUGCACCCAGCAUGGGUGGCAGAGCGAGACUUUGUCUCCGAAUAAAAAUAGAAUAAAAUAAAAUGUUGAGAAUUGGGGAAGCAGGGUGAAGGAUAUUUUGGACUGUUUGUACUCUUUUUACAAUUUAUUUUUUAUUCUUUUUAAUCCACUCACCUGCACACAGAUAUAUGUGCAGUUCCUUGUAGUUGAUGAUUAUUUCAAAGUUUUAGAAGUCUAUUAAACAAUAUGUAUACUACAACUAUGUAUAAAUAAUUUUAAUUUGAUGCCUAUAACUUGCUUAGGUAGCAAUAUUUGUUAUACAGCAGGCACUUUAUUAAAGAAGCUCUCCUUUUUCCCCUUAACCUUAUGGAUAUGAUGAAUCUUAUACCUCAUCAUGCUUCCUCCUUAGCUUGUGGCCUGAAACAGCACCUCUGUUGACUCUGGUAUACUAGGUUAUAUAUUUCUGUGUGUGAAGCUCACCCUUGGCCUUAUUAAGAUUCAAUCUUUAUUUUUCUUGUGCCUUACCUUUCUUAAUCCUUAAAUGUACCAUUAAUACAUUUAAGGAUUAAGCUACCAGGAUGUUCACCAUAAGGUGACUUGUGUUGGCAAAAAUUCAAAAAUAACCAAAGUAUUCAAAAUGGUAGUGAUUAGCUACCAUAGAUGUUGUACCUCUCACUUACAUAUAUGCUUGGAAGCCAUCUUACAUAUCUUGUGGAAGGUGUUGGAGUGGAGGGUACGGAGCAAGUGUUGAUGGGUUCCCUCAUUCUCCACCAUGACUUGGCACCAAAGAGGACCCUUCCCUGUUUCUGUAGCAGACAGAUCUCUCGAAGAGAGCCCACUCUGCUUCAAGCAGAGUUCCUUUUAAGGAGACCUAAUAAAGAAAUGGCAGAAUCACUUAAUGCAUUCAGCACUUGAUUCCUCAAGUGACUAUUAGCUGCUCUGUGUAAAGCCCACAGCAAAGUCUUAAUCUUCAACCAGCUUUCACCCAUCAUCCAGCUGGUUUUUGCUUAGGAAAUUAAAGUUGAUGUUUGUAAGUAACUAAGCAAGAUACAAUUAGGAAGGAACUCUGUGUUUCAAAGGAGGUAUGUGAUAUAUUCCAAAAAUAAGUAGUUAUCCCAGAUUGUAACCUGAAUUUUAAAAAAUCAAUUUUAGCAAUUAGUUAUAAUAUAUUGUUAGGGUAAUUGAUCAGACAUGUUUUUCUUCCAUUGAAAAGUACUGUCAUUGAAAAAAAGACAUGAAACUUAUAUUUCCUAAACAUUAAUAGUGGAAAAAAACAUAUGCAAAUAAGUAUGAAGAUAUUUUCUCUGGCUCUUGAAUGGGAUCAAGAUAUGUAUGUUCUGGUAUAUAUGCUUAAAAUCCUUCCACCUGGUCAAAAUGCUUUCAAAGAGAAAGAAUAGCUGAUGCCUCUUGUUCAGACUGGAAAGUAUUGUGAUUACACUGAAAAGCAUGGCCCCUCUUGAAGUUUGGUUUUUUACUUCUUUUAUUCGAGUAUAAAGCAAGAAGGAGGUUUCUCUAAGAUGUCCUGAUAGAAGCUUUUGAAUGAUCUGCAGAGGUAGCAUUGAGGUGAAUGGAGUCCAUCAAGAUUUGCCAGAAGUAUGAAAUAAUUAUCGAAAGGAUUCCAUUAGAGACGAAAGCUGCCUCGACUAAUAGAGACGGAAAAGGCUGACCCUUUUCGGGCUCUUAACUCUCUCUAAUGGAUGGCCUUACGUUGAAAUCAAGACUCAACUGGAUCAUUGAUUCUUAAAGAAAAAAUAUUGAGCAUAGUGGCAUAUAAGCAAAAGCUGGAAAAGUGGUCACAUAGAUUUAUCUUUCAGUGAUAGCUUGAAAUGAAAAGUAUAUUUUUUACCUUUUUCCGAGCUCACAGGAAUGGAGGCUAAACAAUGUGAUAUAGUCUCAUAAAGUAAAAAAUAGUUUUAAUAAAGAAACAAAAGUCUUACUUCAACAAAUACAGCAUGUUUCCACUCCACAAAAAGGAAGCUACAGGUUUUUUUGGAUAGGUGUCAUUACGUGUUACCAGUUAGAUAACACGGAGUGUUCUUUGGCUGGUCUUUGACCCAUGGGUCAAAUCCUGCACUUGACUCUGAAGGGAUCAUGGAAGUGCUGCUCCUGCAUGAGCAUUGGAGCUGUAUAUUGCAGUGCAUGCUUCAGUAGCCCACGUGCACAGCACAUACUCCAUAUGGACCAGGCUGAGUCAUGCAAGGCACGCACGCCUCACUAGGGCAAACAGCAUCAAAUCCCUGAAAUUAUCUACAAUAUCCUGCAUUUGUUGACAACAGUGACUGAUGCCUCUGCCUUGGUUGUUCCAUAGCACUUCAUUACUGCUGGGUAGAAGUGUUCUGAGUGUCCAUUUGGUAAUUAAGUAGUUUGUUAUGAAGGAGAAAUUGCUAAUAAGAAAUGAAGAUACUGCCGUUGUCUGAGCGUAGGGUCCGCGGAAGUCAUGGAUGUCAAAGAGAGAAGCAAAACCGCAGAUGAGGCAUUUUGGUUGUCAUUUAUGUUAAUAUUAGGUUGUUCCUGAUGAGCAAGAAGUGGCCAGUAGGAUGAAGGUUGAUGCAAAGAACUUAUUUUUAGAUCUCAAACAUAGCA